AUGCUUCGUCUUCCAUGUACAAGAAUUGAUGUCAAGGCUUGUGAAUUGGACGCUUUAAUAAAAGAUUUAGAUUCAUAUAAGGACAAAUGUGAUAGUAAAAAUGCCGGAAAAAGGUUUAGCAAUACAAGUAUGCCAUCACCUGAUAUCAAAACACUUUUAGAUUCUAAAGUAGACCCUACCAAAGAAACAUCUUUUCAGAGUGUUGAAACUAAAGGCCCGAUAACAAGAAGUAGAAAGCAUGCUUUAGAAACAGAUAAGGAUUUAUAA